AUGGGCUUAGAGAAGCACUUGCUCGACUUCACUAUGCAGCUUGUGGAGAACGGAGUACAAAACGAUGAUGUCCUUGCUCUUGUCAUCUUCGCCCUUCAGUAUGUUUUUGUUAAUCAUCAAUACUGGAAAUUCAAGGUUAAACAUGCUCGCUGGAAGGUGACACUAAAGGUAUCCCCUGAUUUACCUGUUUCAAAAAGAGUACAAAAACAUGGCUAG